AUGGAGAUGAGUGGUGCCGACAAAGAAUAUAAUGGCGCCGAUUCAGGAGAGGAAGCAUUGUGUCCCUUGUUCAUGGAAGGACUCCCUCGCGAUUUUGCCUCCAACCCCCAACUCGCUGCCAUUGCAAGUCUGUUAGAAAGCGAUGGCGACGAUGAUACUGAUGUCGACUCUGAAAGUAACAAUCUACCGAUCAUACAGCGAACUGAGACGAAAUCCUGCAAAGGCGGCGGCAAGGCAAAGCGGCAGGCACACUCAAAUCGCUCCAGCAGAAGUCACAAGCCCUAUUCCGUUGCCAAAAAGGACUCUUCCAAGAAAAAGAAUGCAGCCACAGUAGGCGAGGCACAGCUAUUUUUGAACAUGUGGAAGUUAUAG